AUGAGGAAGGGGCUUCAUCCUCAGAUGCAGUGGAUCUCCUACGUGACGCAGAGCGGCAGGCUGAUCAACAUCAUGAUGACCAAGGUGAACCACACCGGCAAAGUGUACCACAUGAGGGCGAAGCGGCAGAUGGCCCAGAGCCUGGGGCAGAUUGCCAAGUUCAAACGUCGAUACGAGCAGGAAGCGUCGGAGGAGAACCAAGACAAGGAUAAUGCUGUUUAA